UGAAGCGAGCUACAGGCGAGUGACAGUCUCUUUCCGCCUGGCAGUCCGCGCGGCGUGAGUCAGCCCGAGCCUCGCACCGCUCACCACCGUCAGUGUCACUCUCGCCGUUGGCCGCACCACGCACUCGUGCUCGCGCUCGCUCACCACACGCUCUCUCCACACUGCGGCGUGUUCAAAGCAUAGGUGUUUCGAUUACACCACUCGGUUGCGAAAGUCUGCGCGAUGAUAUACAAGUGAGAGCCGACAUCGGACGCCAGGGUAACGCUCAUCGCGCACGGUGAGCCAGUUUAUUCGACGAGAGACAUUCGAAACGCGCCAGCUGUGAGGGACGGGGGGCGCAACGGCGUCGGUUGCACACGCGGGAGCGACGUUUCCUAACAUAUUUACUUUACUGUGAGAGAGCUACGAAAACCAAUUUUUAAUGUGUCAAGUCAGUAUAGCAUAUUGCUGCUACGUCAGAUCGCAGAACGCCUCGAGCAGGAACUACAAGGUUAUGCAAAUGAGUUCUGAACGCUUCUAUACUAGGGGUAAUCAAAAGACCAUUCAUAACUUCAAUAAACUUUAACGUACCGGUUACCGUACGAUAGUCUAAGUGCUUAUCUAUCGUUUCUCUAUUAUCGUUCGGUGUCGCGAUCGCUAAUUGCUAAUUACUGUGGGAGUCGAGUGAUAAGAAGCGGGCGCGUUAUCAGCGGGCGAGGGCGACGGAGCGCGCAGCACUCGCGGCACAGCAGGGCAGCAGCAGCACUCUCAGCAGCGAUGGCAGCCACGCAGGAGGAGACGCUGCUCGCGCGCUGCGAGAUCCCCAUCAUCGACCUGGCGCACAUAGGUACGGACGUGUGUCCUAUGAAGUCGGUGGUGCGCCGCAUCGGACAACAGCUGUUCACCGCCCUCAGCAGCAAGGGGAUGGCGAUGCUGGUCAACCAUGGCAUUGCCGAGGAGAAGUUAAAAGCAGUGUACGCAGACUUGGACAACUUCUGCGCGCUGCCGGAGGGAUGUCGGGCGCAAUACCUCCGCAACCCGGCCAACAACCACGGUUACGUGCGCCCGGGGACCGAGCAGUUCGACACCACCAUGACGGAGCUGCGGCACCUGUUCAACAUCACGACGCUCUCGGCGUCCUCCAUGCCGGCGCAGGAGAUCCCCGAGUUCACGAAGCACGCCGUGCCCUUGGCGCAGGACCUCACUAACCUGUCUCGCGUUCUGCUGCAGGCGCUCGCUUACGCCUUCGGUCUGCCGCCGGCGACGCUGCUGACGUGCCAUUCCAGCAUGCUGUCCAGCGAGGGCCGCAACCCGUCCACCAUGCGGCUGCUGUACUACCCGCCCGUGCCGCCCGAGGACGAGGGCCCGUGCUGCGACAGCGACGCCGUGCACUACACCCGGUGCGGCGCGCACGCCGACUACGGCACUUUCACGCUGCUUGCGCAAGACUCCGAAGGUGGCCUCGAGGUAAAACUGAACGGCAGCGAGAAGUGGCAGUCAGUCGGCCAUCUUCCCGGCGCCAUAUUGGUGCAGACCGGAGAACUGCUCGCCGCUUGGACAACCAACAUUCUGCCGGCCCUGAUGCACCGCGUAGUGGUCCCCUCGGGCACGUACGCUCGCGCUCGCGGCCGCCACUGCGUCGCCUUCUUCUGCCACCCGGACACGGACGCGGUGCUGCCGACCCUGCCGCUGCGCGCCACGCCCGCGCCCGCGCCGCCCGUCUUCACCCCCCACACCCACUUGACCUUCCACCACCGCCUGCUCAACGCCGCCCACCACAUCCAAAAGCGCUUCAGAGAGACGUACGCGUGACUAGCGCGUACGGGGCACAAACACUACAUCGUGCCGCUUGAACGACGGCAUACGGCCCCGUGAACAUCUUCAUGAAUUUUACAGCGGGCGUUAUUUCUCUUCUACGUUUCCUCUUUGUAGCCCACUCCAGCAGCACCGUUUGAAAACUUCAUGUCACACGGCGCACGACCGCGCAGUGUUUUACGUGUGUUAACUGUUAACUCACGAAUUCCUAUUAGAAGCGGGUCUCCGACUUUAAUCACGAGAUGAAAGAGCAAUUCGAAGAAGAGAAAUGUAGAAAAAUUUAGUUUGAAUAAAUCUAUUUUUUCAAUACGACUUGCGCCCGCGACAGCCACUGGCAAGAGACAGCCUUUGCCGUCAAAUACCGGGUGUACACAUAAGGUACAAAUCGUGUCGAAGUGAAAAAGUGACGACGACUACGCUCCCAAUUACUGCACAAAAUGGACCAACAUAUCAUGCAGUAUAAAGUGAUUGGCAUAUCAAUGACAGUAACGUAGGUGAUUUUCUCAGCAUGUUACUAAACGUAAUAAUUGUAAGUAGAAUCAUGUUAACUUGCGGCAAUGUUUACAUUGAUUACUGAUUAGUGUUUAAGGCGCUAGUGCGCAAUUAGUGAAUUUAAUAACGAGCCUAUGGACUAAAGCGGCUGCUGUGAAGAGGAGCCGAAGCGACAUGUGUACACCCUGACUCAAGAGGCGUGAUCAGUGUUUCCGACGCACUCUUUAAAGAUUCUUGAAAAUUUUGCCGAACAUUCACCUCGCGAGUCGCGAACCGUAUUUUUACACAUAAUAAAGCGCUGGUGGCCUAGCGGUAAGAGCGUGCGACUUUCAAUCCGGAGGUCGCGGGUUCAAACCCCGGCUCGCACCAAUGAGUUUUCCGGAACUUAUGUACGUAAUAUCAUUUGAUAUUUACCAGUUGCUUUUCGGUGAAGGAAAACAUCGUGAGGAAACCGGACUAAUCUCAAUGAGGCCUAGUUUCCCCUCUGGGUUGUAAGGUCAGAUGGCAGUCGCUUUCGUAAAAACUAGUGCCUACGUCAAAUCAUGGGAUUAGUUGUCAAGCGGACCCCAGACUCCCAUGAGCCGUGGCAAAAUGCCGAGUUAACGCGAGGAAGAAGAAGAAUGUUUAAAACUUUUGUCGUGCUCACACUACACGAGCACAAUUAAUAAAGAAGGAAGGAUUUCCCCGACCCGAGUGUGAAUGCUUGGCCGACACAUCUAUCCAACGAAAUAACUGUUAAAAAAUAUGAAAAUGAAGGCCUUCUUUAUAAAAAAAACAUAUAUAUGAUUAGGUUUUAGCGUGGACAGCAGAACUGUCUUUAAUUACUACCAAAAUGUGUUCUGCUAGAAUUUAUACGAUAUAUACGUUAUAUUUAGUAAUAUCUUUUUCUAGUUGAUUUUUAUUACUAUAAAAUAUCUCGGCUGAGUUGGACUUUUUUCCCUAAAAUUCCUAUAUUUAUAAAUAAUAUUUUUUUCGUACUUAACUUGAUUACUAAGAGUUUUUGAAUCAUAUACAAAUUUAUUGUUGUUGGAUGAAUAUGGACGUAACCGUUAUUAACAUAUUUUAAAACAUGACACUGAAAUGUCAUUUUUAUAUUGCUAUGCGAUUAAAAAAUAUGCAUUAUAGGUACUUGCCUUAAAUAAUUAAUAGGUACUUAACUAUACCCCUCCUUUCGUAAAAAAAAAACCGGUUUAGAAAUAUAUAUUCUUAUUCAAAUUGGGGUUUAAUCAUUAUUAAUAAUUUUCGUGUCUAAUUUGAACGAGUAUUUGGUUACUUAAUACAGGGUGUCCCAGAAUUCGACGUCAAGCCGUAAACGGAUGAUAGACCAAGUCAUAACAGUUAUCAUAAAAAUACAAAAAAAACCAACUCAUGUUCUUUAAAAAUUAUGGUCACUUUAAAAUCCACACCCUGUAAUUAUUCAAGAUUACACAAUAAUAAAAAAAUAGAAUAAAUUAUGGAAUUUGUAGUAACAAGAAUUAAAGAACCAUUACAAGGUGUGGAUUUUUUAGUGAAUUUUUAAAGUGACCAUAAUUUUUAAAAAAACAUGAGUUGGAUUUUUUUUUGUAUUUUUAUGAUAACUGUUAUGACUUGGUCUAUCAUCCGUUUACGGCUUGACGUCGAAUUCUGGGACACCCUGUAUAUAUUUAUUGUAGUUGAAUUUUAUUAGUUCGAUUGCUAUAGGUAAUACGAGUACGUAUGUCAUUAAGUGAAACGUAGGCUACGCAUAAAAUGCUCCCAUUCAAGUAUUUACUUAAUAAUGAAAAAAAAAAUUACAAACUUGACAUUAAAAAGACAGAAGCGUAUUCUUGCCCGAGAUUCAAAUGUUUCAAAAUGACAAAGACAAUUGUUUUUUUUUUUGUUAUUAUUUUAAUUGUUCAACUUUAUGUCAUUCCCGAACUGGCAUUUCACUUAUUUAAUUGUGAUGUCUUUAUUAUAUUUAGUGAUCGUUAUCAACGUGCUGUAUCGGUAGCAAAGUAUGGUUGACAAAAAAACAAAUACGCAAGUAUUUAAAACAUUACAUAUUUCCAAAUUAUGAGAUUUAUAUACAUAUUUAUAAUCUCUUGUCCAAAUUAUUCUGGAUAAACGACUAAAAUUUGCUCAACAGAUUUUGUUGUUCCUGUCGAUUGGAAAAAAUCCAUUAUAAGUAGCUAAAUGACCUUUCUACGUUAACAGAACGUUACCAGAAGUCACAGGAAUUUAAGUCUCUAAAAUAUUGCACGCAACUAUAGUUGUAUUUUUAUGACAUUUAAUAUCAUUUGACGUAUAAUUGUUUAAAAAAUAUAUUAGGGCGGAAAAGGUUUUGUACCGUAGAGUGUUAUAUCUAUAAACAAAAAAAAUAUUAUAGAGGUGUAAUCCUAAAAUAAGUAUUAAUUUUAUAGUUAAGAACAAAAGUGAAUAUUCAAAUGUAUUUGUUUUUUCUGCCAACCAUACCCUUAGCUACGAAAACUGCACGUUGAUAACGAUCACUUUAUAUUUAAUAUUUUCGUGUUUUUUAAGGAUUUUGUGCUUUUAGUAGGUAUUACUGUCAAUAAUUAUUUUGACUUUUGCGAGUCGGCAUCUACUUAAAUUUAGUGUGUAUCAAUGUGUAUUAGUUAAAUAGCAAUUAGCGGCUCGGCGUCGUCUCCUACUCUAAUAUUUUGCUUUUCUUCUGUUAAAUUUGUAAACUUGGCUUCUUGCUUUUCAAUUUAAAGCGAUAUUAGUUUUUAAUUUAAAUGUAAUCAUUUGUAUCGAUUUCAAACCACUGCUAAUUAACACGACUCUUUAUUACUUGUUAUUAAGUGGAUCGUGUCUCGUGUCAUUGCACCGACAGCUCAAUUUUUCACGCCUUGUUUUACGUAUUACAGAAUAGGUACCUAAUUUGCGUUAGAACAUCGAAUUUACGAGUUAAUAAUAAAAACAAUUUCAAGUACUUAAAUAUAAAUCAGUUUCAACACAUUUAGUUCAAAAAGAUUGUAUAUCAGAAGUAUUUGAUACUUACAUUUACUAGGAAUUAAUAAUAUUUUCUAAAUAGUACAGUAAAUAAUACAAAAACCAAUCUAGGUAAUAUUAUUGGAUUGGCCUUUUUAAAUAUGUAGAUGGAUUUACAAAUAAUUAGAAGACUUCUUUAUAAAAUUCUAAAAUAAAAAUAAUUUUAAAUGUAUUUCUUUAUGGAAUAUAUUUCCUUUCAAGCAUGUCGAUGCAUAUAAACCUUCCUUAAAUUCAUAGAAAACAGCAAAGAAGUAAGUAAAAUAAACAACUUCUCAGUUUAGAUAUGCAUCAGAGCUAUUAUUGUAUUAGGUAAAAUAACUAUCUAAAUAUUACCUGUAAUACCCAAUAAGUAUUAAAAAUUAGUAGAAAUAAAAGAAGAGGAAAUAAGUUGAUUAAUGAAAUGCAACCAAUGUCUAUACAAGUACAUAUCUAGCUCAAGUUUCAAAUAUUAUGUACUUGCCUGGUAUCGUCUUGGGUCGUCCCAUUCGUUAUUCGUCAAGUUCUUAAAUUAGUCCUAUUCUACUUUCGUCACUCAUUCUACAUUGAAAGCCUCCGACGAUUGUAACGAAUGUAGAAUGAGUGACGAAAGCAGAAUAGGGCUAAUUUAAGAACUUGACGAAAAACGAAUGGGACGACCCAAGACGAUACCACUUGCCUCAUCACACAUAUUUUCAUUAGCAGGUUCAAGUCACAUAUUAUUAUAUGUUUAGUCCGAAAAUGUACAAAAUUGUACUUGUACGAAGGUACUCUUCUAAGAUGUAUUUACAACAUGUAUUGUUUUGCUCAUCUCUCAUCUUACAAAGUAAACAGAAACCACACUGUUAGUACCACAAUACAGAUGUAGUGCAUAAUUAUUUUCCAUCGUAUUUUCACGGAAAGGUACGAACGUGCCUUCCUAUUUCAGUCAGACUCGGCAUAAAAAGUACUGAGCUUGACUGAAGUACUUAGCUGACAAUUACAAACGUUUAUGUACUACGUCUAUAUGAACAUUUCUGAUCUAGUACAGUCGCCAUCAGAUAUAUCGGAGCGGCCAAGGUGUUCACAAAUAUCUGAACACGCCUCUAUU